UUGAAAUCUUCUGCGCACAUGUCAACGUCCGUGCCGCCCCACAUUCUCGCCGACGACUCCAACUCGGGAUGUCACUACAUGGGGGAAUCCUUGAUCGUGUUUGUCAUUGGGGCUUCUGGUGACUUGGCCAAGAAGAAGACGUACCCGUCUCUCUUUGAGCUCUACACGCACGGAUACUUGCCCGAACAUACCACGAUUUGUGGGUACGCUCGAUCGCACAAGACAGACGAGGAGUUCCGAGCUUUCAUCGGUGGGUACCUCAAGACGACCGACAUGGAGAAGAAGGAAGCCUUCUUGCAAAAGUGUUUGUACCGCCAUGGCGACUACGAUUCCGUCGAGGCGGUGGGAAAAGUGAGUGCAGAGAUGUACUUGAAGGAGUCGGCGACGGGGUUGAAGACGAAGAAUCGCUUGUUCUACUUUGCCAUCCCGCCGAAUGUGUUUGUGCCCAUCGGCACGUCGAUCAAGGCCGCGGCGUUGUCCGCGGAAGGGUGGAACCGUCUGAUUGUGGAAAAACCGUUUGGUCACGACCUCACGUCCUUCAAUGAGCUAUCAGCCGCCAUGGGCGCGUUGUAUUCGGAGGACGAGAUCUACCGCAUCGACCACUAUCUCGGCAAGGAAAUGGUGCAGAACCUCAUGCUGCUGCGCUUUGCCAACAUCACGUUUGAGCCGUUGUGGAACCGCAACUACAUUUCCAGCGUCAUGAUCACGUUCAAGGAAGACAUUGGCACGCAAGGGCGUGGCGGGUACUUCGACUCGUACGGCAUCAUCCGCGACGUCAUGCAGAACCAUCUCCUGCAAGUGCUGUCGUUGGUGGCGAUGGAGCCGCCUGUCCGGGCGUCCGGCGCCGACUAUGCCAACUUCAUCCGCGACGAAAAGGUCAAAGUUCUCGAAUGCAUCGAGCCCAUCAAGCUGCAAGACACCGUGAUGGGCCAGUACGUGGUGGACCCGGAGAACCCCAAGUCCGAAGUCGGGUACCUGGACGACCCGACGGUGCCCAAGGGGUCCGUCACGCCCACGUUUGCGUCGUUUGUGAUGAACAUCAAGAACCCUCGGUGGGACGGCGUGCCGUUCAUCAUGAAGGCCGGCAAGGCAUUGAACGAGCGCAAGGCCGAGGUUCGCAUCACGUUCAAGGCGGCGCCCGGGGCCGAGCACAUGUUUCCUGGCACCAACAUCCCCCAGAACGAGCUCGUGCUGCGCUUGCAACCGAAUGAAACAGUGUACAUGAAGACCAACGUCAAGAGCCCGGGAUUGAGCACCAAGGCUGUGGCGAGCGAGCUCGAACUGAGCUAUUCGACGCGGUAUGCCGACACGCACCUCCCGGACGCGUACACCCGGCUGGUUCUGGACGUGUUGCGAGGCAAGCAGGCCACAUUCGUCCGGGACGACGAGCUCCGCGCGGCGUGGAAGAUCUUCACGCCGCUGCUGGAUGAAAUCGACGACAAGAAGAUCCCGCCCAUCCCGUACAAGUUUGGGUCCCGCGGCCCCGCGGAAAGCGACGAGUUGGUGCGGAAGCAGGGAUAUGUGUACCAUAGCGGCGCGUACCAGUACUCGCGCCGUGGUUCGUUGUGAGAGAGAAUGAAUAUACAAAUGCAUUUAACCAUUUAGAAUGCGUGUGGUGUAUGAGGAAAUGAGGUUUCUUCGAGGGCAUGUUGCAAGGCGAGGUCGGUCUUGUAAAGACGCACGGCCAACGCCGACACGGCGCGACCGAGGGAUUCGUCGGUGGAGAUAGCGUCAAAGUGCAGACCAAUAGACCUGAGGUAGUCUUGUACAUCACCAGGGAGUUCGAGCCGGAGAUGGCAAGUCGGGAGUGGCUCCUUCGAAGGUAGCCCACGGGGGAGUGACUGGGGCAUACCGUCGUCACCGUGCUCUACAGCUCGGCGUUUCAAUGCCAAGUAACGAGCUCGCUGGGCGUCCAAGCGCUCAGCAAGGGUCCCAUGCCGCCGCCGCGGCGACGGCGGUUCAUGAACUUUGCGCAUACCGGUACUUGGAAAU